AUGGCAAAGACACCUAUUGAAUGGCUUUCAGCUACCUUAUUGGAAGACACUCUGAAGAUAUGGAGUACUAUCCCCAACCCAAAAAAUGCUGCAUUUCACGAUUACUUCGUUUUUGAUAUAGUAGGGCUAUCUCACUAUGAGUACGUCAGAGAUCAAUUCAUGGAAGAUGUAACCGAAUUAAGGAAGCGGUUUUCUUCUCCAUCUGAAGCAUCUUUACAAAUUAAACCUUUAGUUCCCGCCAUUGACUUUGUUAGGAGCACUUCCCAAAUAUGGGACAAAAUUGUUAAUGAUAGAACUCUUGACAUUCCUUCUCACCAGGUGAUGAUUGCUAAAAUUAGAUGUGAACAAAUUGACAAUGAUAAAUUUAAUGGGUUCAUUGCUAACGAGGAAUGGUCUCAACUGAAAGUAGCGGUUAAUAGUCCUCCAGUACAAAAUUUUGGCCAAAAAGUUACUUCAUUGAUUGACAAAUACUUAGCUGAAUACGACGUAGAAGCCGAAUUUUACGAUGAAUUUGUUAAAGCCAAACAAAAAGAAAAACUAAAACAACGCUUGUUACACGAAAUCAAACCGACAUUUGAUUCCUUACUGGACAACCUGUCUUCCCAAGUUCUAAGUGAUUUCAAAUUAAAAAUCCACAAAGAAUUGAAUGAAGGGAAAAUUUUUUACCAGGCUGCAAAUUGGUCUACGAUGUUGACUAUGUUUGAGAUUGCAUAUGAAGAUUCAAAGAUUCAACAAGUAGAAUGGACAUCUACAAAAGUAAAGAAGAAAUUGGUGGCUCAAUUGGUGGCUCAAAUGAGAGAUCAUGUUGAUUCCAUUAGGUCAAUUAAACAAAAUGAGUUUAAAGAACAACUUAUGUCUAAACUAAAAAGUGGAUUGACCAAAUCUAUAGGAGCUAUUCUGAAAACACCCGGAAAUAAUAUGUGGAAUAAACUUAGUGAUCUCUUUCAUCAGGAGACAAACUUGGCUUGCUCUGAGUUUAAGGUUGCCCUAGAGGACUUGGGGGCAUAUAACUUUACUAAAUUGGAAGAACUUGAAACUUUGAAGGGAUAUGGAAGACAUAUAAUCGAGAAAAGUGUGAGGAAAGAAAUUCCACAAAUUGGGCAGAUCAUGCAAAAGAAGUUUUGUCAAAUAUUGUUGAAUGAAUCACCCGACUCAAUUAUUCCACGAAUUUGGAAAGGAAUCGACAACAUUCAGGACAUUAUAAAAACGGCUCGAAAUGAGUGUGUAAAUAUUAUGUCUGUUAUGGCUAUAAUUCGUUUGGAAAAUAAAGAGGGUGACAACAUUCAACAAAUUCUCUCUAAUGCUUUACUAGAAGAAGGUGGAGAGGGAAGUCUCACGUCCAAUAAUUGGACUGGGGUGGAGGCAUCUAAGACAUUGAUUAGCCCAGCUGCUUGUGCUACUAUUUGGGAUCAGUUUCUAAAAUCCUCUGGCUUAAUUAUUAAUUCUGUUGAGCAAACUAUUCAAGCAAGGAUUGAUGCUGAUAAAGCAGGAUUAGCUGUUCCAGAUAAUGAGGUUAGUUUCUAA